AUGAUCAGGUUUUUGUUUUUUCUACUCUGCAGCUCAUUAAAAUCCAAUCUUAUUCUAUUUCUGUUGAUUUCUGCAAUGCAUGUGUUCUGGUGCCAUCCAGUUCCAUCUUCUAAGGUGUCUGGAAAAUCUGACUACUUUGUCGUCCUGCUGAACAGCUGCCCCACGAGGAUGGGUAGGAGAGAGGGACUGGAUUUUCUAAAGCCAAUUUUGGAGAAGACACUUAUGAAAAGGUCCUUUCGCAAUGGAGUUGGCACAGGAAUGAAAAAAACUUCCUUUCAAAGAGCAAAAUCAUGA